ACGGUGACAGUGCAUGCUGCCUAGAACAGCAUGUCAGCACAUUCUGUAGACAGACCACCGCGGUGGCCUGACUCCCACGCUUUCCUCUUAGAUUUAGCUAGAACUUUAAGUUAGCAUUAAAAUCAUUCAUGUAGCGCAUCCGACUCUGUGCACAUGUCUCGCCGUACUUUAAGUUUUAUUUUAAUAUACAUUUAACUAAUUCAAAUUCAUUAGUUUCUUUUUAAAAAUAGUGUCCCGCGCUCCCGAAACUUGACUGGCGCAGCCGGUAGGAUCCGUGUCGUUACCGUGCGUGUGCUGCUUAUAGGGCUCGAACUCGCCCUACGUGCGGUUUUUGGACUCAAUAUCGUCGUGUGUAAAAACUGUACCAGUGCAGUAAAGCGUCGGACCGGAUCCUGCGAACCAAAUAAAUUUUGUCACACUUACGGGACACACUGAGUGUUCUAAGGCGACAGGACACUAAGGACAUGGAAGCAGCCGGGGGUUGGUGGUGCUUAAGCCUGAUGGUUCUGUACCUUCAGAUGAGCCACAGCCUUCAACUUCAAAACAUUAAGGACAACCCCGGGAUAUUGCCUGUCAAGUUGGGACAAGCAUAUCGACAAGAAGAUAAAUGGACAGUUAUUAAAGUUUUAGAUUUGAAUGAUAUAAAGGAAACCCUUAAAUUUAACGUUAAUAAGUUUUUAGAGUUUGAUAAAUUGGUAGAUGUUAAUAAACCUUUUUCACAUGAGUUUUAUAAUAUAAGGUUACACGCGUAUGAUUUGUAUAAUAUAACCAUUAACAAAUUCAGGCAACUUGUUCCGUCUAGCAGAUUUAAGAGAGGCAUCCUAAACCCUCUUGGUUCUUUAAUAAAAGUAGUCACAGGGAAUCUAGACCAUGAAGACGCGAUUAAAUAUGACAAAUUGAUCUCUGAACUUAAAGGCAAUCAAAUACAUACAGAAAAGAAAUUAAUUAUUGUAUCUAAAAUGUUAGAUGGUUUAAUAAAUAGCACCGAGACAUUACAUAAUAACACGUUAAUAUUAGACGAACGUCUUAAACGUAUAGAAAAAAUUGUUAAAUACAUAGCAUCGAAAGAAAAUAACUCCGUUUAUAAUACAUAUAUGUUAAGCUUGUUCAAACUGUUCAUUGGAAACUUCAGAACUAUAUACUUGACUAUUAGUGAAAUUGAAACUGUUUUAGCCUUGAGUAAAGUCUCAGUGUUACACCAAUCCAUCAUAAAUUCAGAUGAGUUUCUCAAAAUACUGGAAUCUGUAGCCAAGUAUGAUAAUUUAGUAUAUCCUGUAAACCUAAAUAACUUGAUAAAAAUUGAAAAAACUAUAGUUGUUAAGUCAUAUAUGAAAGAAAAUCAGAUUACGUUCAUUUUAGAAAUUCCUUUAAUAGAUGGAAAUAUUUAUAAUUAUUUUAAAAUUUAUUCAUUACCCAUGUUUAAGCCAUCAACAAACCUUACCUAUGUUAUAAUUCCUAAAUAUCCUUACCUUUUGGCGAAAGGUCCGAAAUACCACCCCAUCAACAGUCCCUGCGACGAGCUAGCCCCGGGACAGUUCCUGUGCAAGGAGAAUGACCAGGUUAUUUAUCCUGAACGAACCUGUGUUGAGCAGCUGAUGCGGUUUCAUUCUAAUCUCACCCUCUGCAGAGUUUACCCUGUCCACGUGGAAGAUAUCAAGAUCCAGAGGAUCGAUCCUGCCAAUUGGAUUGUCUACACCAGGAGCAGCCAAAUACUUACUGAAAAAUGUAAUGACGACACAAUCAAAAGACAGAUUCAGGGUACUUACCUUAUUUCCAAUGCUGAAGACUGCGAACUCUACAUAGAGAACUUUAAAUUAAACCGCCGGAGGUCCAUUGCUGCCGAUUUCCAUUUCAAGGUUACACCCGUAAUUGGUUUACCUAAGCCCGACUUCCUGAAGAUGAACGUUACCACGGAAUUAUCUAAGGUGGACAUUAAAGGCGUGUCUUUGGAUAACUUGAAGCAUCUCUCUAACGUAUUAAACAGUGAAAGGUUUAACAGUGAUAUCAGUGAAAGUGAAAUAAUAGACACUCGUAGUGUGAGCUUAGCUACUAUAUUCCUUUAUGUAAUCUUAAUUAUAAGUAUCAUUACUAUUAUUAUAUGGAAAUUUAAAGUUUUCAAUUUUACACGAAAUCACCAAGACUCAAAAUCGUCGGAUGAUUUCGUGCUUGAGGAGGGAGGAGUUAUGCCACCCCUAGCCCGAAGAACGGUGACAGUGCAUGCUGCCUAGAACAGCAUGUCAGCACAUUCUGUAGACAGACCACCGCGGUGGCCUGACUCCCACGCUUUCCUCUUAGAUUUAGCUAGAACUUUAAGUUAGCAUUAAAAUCAUUCAUGUAGCGCAUCCGACUCUGUGCACAUGUCUCGCCGUACUUUAAGUUUUAUUUUAAUAUACAUUUAACUAAUUCAAAUUCAUUAGUUUCUUUUUAAAAAUAGUGU